AUGUGUGUAUAUUUUUGUGCAGAGUUUAAAUGGUCUGUAACAUCAGGUGACUUGUUGAGCGCUCUACUAUGGGCCAGCGCGAGCUCGUUAUCGAGCAGCGCGGAGAGCUUGGCUUCCGAGCCGAACUCACCGUCGCUGUCUCACCCGGCUCUGCACCCGGAGAGACGUGAAGCGGUUAUCAGCAAGAUACUGGAGCGCAAAGACCGGCAACCAGUGAAGAUCGAUUUCAAAAUUUUCCUUACGGAAAAUACCGUUACUCGCUGGGAAGCUGUGGUGCAUGGCAGUACCAUCUAUCUGCGCAUGCCUGGAGUGCUGCAAUCUGGGAGCAAGGAGAGCUUCAUGCUCCUUCUGGAUUUUGCUGAAGAGAGACUUGGUUGUAGCAACUGCAUUAUCUGCGUUUUGAAGUCCCGACCGGAUCGAGCCACAAUCCUUCGCACUUUCAUGUUCAUGGGAUUCCAGCUGCUGUCGCCCACUUCGCCACUAAUGCCGCCGGAAAUCAACAACCCCGAUUACGUCUUCUUGCACUAUAAUAUGCAAUAA